AUGUCUUCCGCGACGACCGUGACUAAGACCAACAUUGGUGUCUACACCAACCCCAACCACGACCUCUGGAUCGCAGAAACUACUCCCAAGGUCGAGGAUGUCCAGUCCGGCAAGGGCCUCAAGCCUGGCGAGGUUACCGUUGAGGUGCGCAGCACCGGUAUCUGCGGAUCCGACGUUCACUUCUGGCACGCCGGCUGCAUCGGUCCCAUGAUCGUCACUGGCGACCACGUCCUCGGCCACGAAUCUGCCGGUCAGGUUGUCGCGGUCGCGCCCGAUGUCACUCACCUCAAGCCCGGCGACCGCGUUGCCAUUGAGCCCAACAUUAUCUGCAACUCCUGCGAGCCCUGCUUGACCGGCCGGUACAAUGGUUGCGAGAAUGUCGCCUUCCUGUCCACUCCUCCCGUCGACGGUCUGCUCCGCCGCUAUGUCAACCACCCCUCCAUCUGGUGCCACAAGAUCGGCAACAUGAGUUAUGAAGACGGUGCUCUUCUGGAGCCGCUCAGUGUGACCCUGGCGGCUGUGGAGCGCAGCGGGCUGCGCCUGGGUGAUCCUCUCCUGAUCACCGGUGCUGGUCCCAUUGGUCUCAUCAGUCUGCUCAGUGCUCGCGCCGCUGGUGCUUGCCCCAUUGUCAUCACUGAUAUUGACGAGGGUCGUCUGGCCUUUGCUAAGACCAUUGCGCCGGAGGUGCGCACCUACAAGGUGCAGCCCGGUCUGUCGGCCGAGGAGCAAGCGGCCGGCAUCAUCAAUGUCUUCAACGACGGCCAGGGUGCUGGUGCUAAUGCGCUGCGCCCUAAGCUGUGCCUGGAGUGCACUGGAGUCGAGAGCAGUGUCAACUCCGCCAUUUGGAGUAUGAAGUUCGGCGGCAAGGUGUUCAUCAUCGGUGUCGGCAAGAACGAGAUGAACAUCCCCUUCAUGCGCCUGAGUACCCAGGAGAUCGACCUUCAGUACCAGUACCGUUACUCCAACACCUGGCCCCGUGCCAUUCGCUUGGUGCAGAACGGUGUCAUUGACCUGAACAAGCUGGUGACCCACCGCUUCGCGCUCGAGGAUGCCCUGAAGGCGUUUGAGACUGCCUCCAACCCUAAGACGGGUGCCAUCAAGGUGCAGAUUAUGAGCUCGGAGGAGGAUGUCAAGGCUGCUUCCGCUGGUCAGAAGGUUUAA